AUGGCGUCCAACGGAGUAAACGAAAGCGAAUCUGUCACCAUAUUAUCGGAAAUAGGACGAAAUGGGAUCAUCCAACCGCUUCUCACAGAUCUCUACCAGAUCACGAUGGCAUAUGCAUACUGGAAAAGUGAUAAGCGAGAUGAUAUAGCAGUCUUUGAUCUUUACUUCCGAAAAAAUCCAUUUCGUGGAGAGUUCACAUUGUUUGCUGGACUGGAAGAAUGCUUGAAGUUUCUUCAACACUUUAGCUUCUCGGACAGUGAUAUAAGCUACAUUAAAUCCGUACUACCAAAGGAAACAGAGAACGAGUUUUUUGAAUACUUAAGAUCUGUGAACACUGAUGGCAUCACUCUGUACGCUAUCCCAGAAGGCACUGUUGUGUUCCCGAAGGUCCCUCUUCUCAUAAUCCAAGGGCCAUUACCCAUAGUGCAACUGAUGGAAACCACCAUGUUGAAUCUCAUUAAUUAUGCGAGUUUGGUGGCAACAAACGCUGCGCGGUUUCGUCUGGCUGCGGGUGCGGACAAGACCCUACUGGAGUUUGGGUUGCGGAGAGCCCAGGGGCCAGAUGGGGGCCUAUCGGCCUCUCGCUACUGCUACAUGGGAGGGUUUGAUGGCACCAGUAAUGUCUUGGCAGGGAAAAUGUUCGGCAUGCCAGUCCGAGGAACUCACGCUCACGCAUUUGUCACAUCCUACAGUGAUUUGUCAGAGAUUAAAAAUCGGACAAUAAAGAGACACAAUUCGUCAGAGACUGUGGACUUUGUCAACUUUUGUCUGAAAUGGCAGGAAAAGUUGGUGGACACGCUUGAUUUUUUACCUGACCAGGUGAUUCAGGGCGAGUUAACUGCAUUUAUCUGUUAUGCCCAGGCUUUUCCCAACAGAUUCCUGGCGCUGAUUGACACCUAUGAUGUCAUCAGGAGUGGCUUGCCUAAUUUCUGCUCGGUUGCCAUGGCACUUCACGAGCUUGGUUACCACCCCCUUGGCAUCAGAUUGGACAGCGGAGAUCUGGCAUACCUGUCAAAAGUCGUAUACGCGGGAUUUGAGAAAAUCAGUGAGAGGUUUGACAUACCAUUGUUUAAAAACGGGAUGACAAUUGUGGCCAGUAAUGACAUCAAUGAAGACACAAUACACUCCUUAAACCAACAGGGUCAUGCGAUCAACUCAUUUGGGAUAGGGACUCACCUGGUCACCUGUCAGAAACAGCCUGCCCUGGGGUGUGUAUUCAAGCUUGUGGAGGUAAACAAAGUGCCGAGAAUCAAGCUGAGUGAAGAUAUGGAGAAGGUGACCAUACCAGGCAGGAAGUUAGCCUACAGGCUCUACGGAGCAGAUGGUCAUGCCCUUGUGGAUCUGAUGCAGCAGCCCCACGAGAGUGCCCCUGUCCCAGGCCAAAGGACGUUGUGCCGACACCCUUUUAACGAGUCCAAACGGGCAUAUGUGUCACCGUCCACAGUGGAACCUCUGCACACGCUGUACUGGAAGAAUGGACAGCUUCAGCAACCGUUCCUCUCUUUGCAAGAGCUGAGAGAGAAAGCUGCAAAAUCUCUGAUGAGUAUACGAAAUGACAUUAAAAGGACUCUAAAUCCUACCCCUUAUAAGGUCUCAGUAAGUGCCAAGCUGUACUCAUUCAUACAUGAUCUGUGGCUGGAACAUGCACCAAUCGGAGAGCUGUCGUAACUCAGCCAAUCACAUCACAAGAGGACCACCAGUUCCCACCAAUCAGGAACAGCAGGAUCUGUUUGCUCUGACCACUUUAUCCUGGCUUCCUGUAGAAGCAAAUAGACAUCCAUUGGGUAAAAAAUGUAGGCUUUUGUUUUUUAAAGGGGACAGUAAAGUUUACUAUUUUACAGUAUUAUUUGUCACAAUUUUGUGAUGAUGGUAGGGGAACUUCAUGCACACUUCUUUGUUACAGUGAUGCAGUGAAAUAUAACACUUAUUUGUCUUGCUGUAUAGCAACAUGUUGGGUGAAUUGCAUUGCCAACUGUUGUAGGAAAAAUGUUUGUCACUUACUAGUAUAUUAAAUUAACUAACAAUUAAUAAUAAAUGUGGAACCCUAGUAUGUUUGGCAAUGCAGUCAACUGCAAUAUUGUAGGCUUUAUCUGGAGUAUUGCACACGGGUGUCUUAGAGGUCAAACAUGUUUUGCUGGAUGUGCGUGUAUUUUAGGUAGAUUCUUUGCCUAAAGGUGUAAUAUACAGCGAUUGGCCUAAAUUUUACCCUAGACUGUAAUGUAUAUUUUACCUCAGAACUCUGUUAAUCUCAUAAAGGUGUUUUAUGGUUUGUUUAGAGGGUAACUUACUGGAAAAGUGUAAGGUUGAGCCUCUACUGUACUUUGGAAGGUCUGUCAGCAACCUGCGGAUGAUCGUGUGUUUCCACUGCGCUCUGCCGGGUUUCUUCCCACCAUAAUGCUGGCCGCCAUCGUAUAAGUGAAAUAUUCUUGAGUACGGCUUAAAACACCAAUCAAGCAUGUUAAGGUCUGGCAGCAACCUGCGAAUGGUCGUGGGUUUUCCACCACCAUAAUGCUGGCCGGGGUCUUAUUAAGUGAAAUAUUCUUGAGUAUGACAUAAAACCAUUCAAAUAAAUAAAUAUUAUAAAGUUGAGCAGCACAAGUAAUAUUUUAUGAUUUUAUUUUAAUAUUUUAUGUUAUUUGCCAGUAAGCAAAAAGACAGCACUUUUCUCAGAGACAUAUCAGGGCAUUUUGUACUAUGUUUGCUCAGGUGUGUGAUGUAAACCAAAGUCCACCUGGCUAUGUUCUCCGCAAAAGGCAAAAAAGCUUUGACAUUGUUUUAAUACGUCUGACAAAAUAUUAUGAUUGGAAUAUUGUGAGCUAGAGAAAUUCAUAACUGUUGGAACGGGUGCAGUCUGUUUUUGUAGCGCAUAAUGUUAUGAUAAUGUACAUAAAAAUACAGCCACAGUUCUUGAGGCGCAACUUCAGAAUGUUUUGUACAGUAUGAAAGUUUAAAGAUUUACCAGAUUUAUUCUGGUGACCACAGUAUGAAAGUUGAAAGUUGCCAAAAGUUGGAUAUGUAAGAAAAAGAAUUUUGAAAUUAGUUGUUCAUGAAUUGAAAAAAUAAUUUAAUAAUGUUGCAAAUUAAAAAGUAUCAAAAGUGUAUGAUACAGGUAAUCAGAAGUAUAUAUUGCUGAAGUAGACUGAUAUCUCUGCUGUCAAACUAAUUGCUGACAUUUUACAAAAGCUAUGCCUUCUAGUGGUUGCAGUGUAAAACAUGAAGACAGGUAAGAUUUCAUUACUGUUACAGUGUUAAAACAAAACCUGAUUUUAUUUUCAUUACCUUUAAAGUGUUAAAACAAAACCUGAUUUUAUUUUCAUUACCGUUAAAGUGUUAAAACAAAACCUGAUUUUAUUUAUUAUUAUUUAUAGAACAUAUAAGGGAACAUUUGGCGGGAAGAGGAUCACAGUUUGUGUUCUGUAAUAAAUUAGCAGUUAUGAAAAAGUUUUGAAAACAUUUCACUGGUAGUAUUCUCUGCAAAUAAUAUAAAUAUCUAAAAUAUAUAUACAUAUAUGAUAACACCUGUACAAAAUAUUGAAAAUAACAAUUAUUCUUUAAGAAAUCCUGAGCUUACACGUACGACCUAUGCCUUUGUGGCUUGUAAUUUGGUGUCCUCUGUCAUGAAGGACUGAGACUUCAAAGCUGAACGUGUUGUCGUUCAGUUGGAGGUUUCUUGAGAACUGUGUACGCACCUUUUAAACACCAAUCAAGUAAAUAAAUAGAUCAGUAAUUUUAUCUGGAAGAACUAUUUUUAAUUGUCAGUGGUAGUAAUGGCUUAUAGUGAGUUCAGAACUAAGAACAAAGAAGUGGAUAGGAUACAAGUCUACUGUGAAAGGCCAUAUAUAGCCUCCCCUUUUUAAAAUUUUUUUGUUGAUACAUGCACGGAAUUUGAAAGACCAAAUGUUGUACAUUCCAUUCCCUGGUCAGUAUUUUGUUUUGAAAGCAGAAGUAUCAAACUUCAUAAAUCGGUUGAUUUCCAUGUUGUUGUUGUUUUCUACAUGUAGAUUUUAGGUGCUAGUCAUUUUUGCAGACUAAUUUGACUAUUUUGGUAUAAAUAUAUUUAUAUUGAUACAGACUGGUUUCCAUAAGCCUGAACAUUUACCAUGUGUGUUCUGCUUACCUUAAUUCUUCAAGCUUUACAACUGCCUCUGCAGCCAAUAUUUUCAAACAUUCUGAGAGUACUAUGGCAUGUAGAGAAGCAAAGUCCACAGUUUUAUGAAGCUUGCUUCGUUAAUGACACAAACAAAGCAUUUUUAGCCUCAUUUUCAUAAUAAUUGUAUGCAUAAAUUCCGCUGAAAAAUGUGCUUUGUUGGUUGAAAAGGUUAAAGAUUUAUAGUAUGUCAGUAUAAAUACCAAAGGCUGAGUGUAAAAGAAUUUUAUCUUUUUAUGUCUAUGAUUUCCUUGUAGGCCGGUAGGUUUUAAUGCGUAUAUGCCUCUCCACCUAUGCAUACUUCGGCUAAAUAAGUUUGUAUUCUCCUCGGUUCUUUAUAGUCUGUCUCAACAGUUGAGAGUAUUAAAUGUUUUUUACGUGUUCCACGUGACUGGUAGUAUUUUUUUCUGCUUGUCCAAAGCAUUCCUCACCAGACCUGAACACCAUGCUUCUUUGAAACAAAUACAGGUAAAUGCAGAUAAAAAUGUUGCAUUCUAUGACUAGUUUUGAUAAAUUUUGGUCCAAAAUUAUUUCAGAAAUUUCCACAAAGAGUUUUUUCGAAACAGACCCAUCGCAAGUGAGUGGUACAUGUCAGUUCAACUGUCAGUUGGGAGAAAUGGUCGCAGACAGACGUACACAAAAUUAUUUUGACUCCUGUAAUCUAAAUUAUGUUGGUUAUGGCAGAUCCAAGCCUUUGUGAUCGCUAAUACGCCUGUCAAAUAUUAUUAUAUCAUUUUAUCAAAUAUUUACACGAAGACUGAAGCAUGUGUCUGAGACGAGGUCAGUUAUACAGAUCUGUGCCUAUGCAUUUAUGAGUUAUAAAUAUGUACUUGUAUAGUUUAAUUUUGUUGGUAAUGUUGAGGCUCUGAGAUAAGUUGUGUCGUAUUACAGGUAGAUAGAUAGAUGCCACAGGUAUGUGACGUAAAGUCGACAGAUAUUUUAAAUGACGGACAUGGCGUCAUUAUCUUUGAGCCAUAUGUAAACGAAAACAAAGCUAAAGUCGUAUUUUUACGUCAGCUUUUUAUGUUUUGCAGUGAACUUGAAUCUGAGAAGUAUAUAAAACGAUCCUGUUUGUGUUAGGUUCCGUAUUGUGCAUAGACAGAUGAUCUGAUAGUACAUGUAACGACAUGAAAGGCACCGUCGUCGUCUUACGACUGAAAAAUUGCUAAGUACGACGUAAAUCUCCAAACAUUCGUUCAUUCAUUCGAAAUGCAUCGGUCAUUCAUAGCACGUGUUCUUACGGCAUUUCAUUUUAGCAAGUUUAGCUAUUUAAGAAUCGCAUAAAGGCCAUUAUAAUAAUGCCAAAACAGUAGAAUAAUAUAUGUUAUUUUAAGUUACAAAGUGUGGAUAAUAAGAUACAUGUAUACCUGAUACGUCACACUAAGCUCAUGGCAUUUAUUUGUCCAAACUAUCAAUGUAUUCUGUGUUUCUUUUAAAUAGAUUUCUACAUGUAUACAUGUAUACCUGAUACGUCACACUAAGCCCAUGGCAUUUAUUUGUCCAAACUGUCAAUGUAAUCUGUGUUUCUUUUAAGUAGAUUUCUACAUGUAUACAUGUAUACCUGAUACGUCACACUAAGCUCAUGGCAUUUAUUUGUCCAAACUAUCAAUGUAAUCUCUGUUUCUUUUAAAUAGAUUUCUACAUGUAUACAUGUAUACCUGAUACGUCACACUAAGCCCAUAGCAUUUAUUUGUCCAAACUAUCAAUGUAAUCUCUGUUUCUUUUAAAUAGAUUUCCCCAAAGUGUAAUCUGAAAAUGUUGUGUACUUGUAUGUAUGUCAAUAACCUGUUCGGCACCGGUAUUACAUUUAGGAUUA